UGGGAAGGCCCUGGGCAUAAUCUCCAGGCCUGAAAAAAAUGCACUUUUGAAAGUUAUUCUUGAGUUUAAACGUCUAGGUUAAAAUACCUUCAAGAUGAGAUUGCCUCAGAGAGCAGCAUGCCACGGCACGUGUCUGCCGUGUUUGGGGUUGGCAGGUGUGAGGACACACCCCCACCCCGGCAAGGCCGCCACCUGAAUGUGGAGGUUAUCAGAGCGGGCCCAGCAGAGGCCGCCUCCCCAGUCGCGUGACGUGACCCAGUUUCCACCUGAUUCAGAGUGACCUUGGGGAGGGGGGUGUUGCUGGGAAAAGGGAGGCGAGCAGGGGUGGAGACCAAGCAGCAGGCACAGGAGUCCAGCUGUGCUCCCCAGGUCGCCCAAGCAGAGGCCUGGCUUGGUGGUGGAUCGGGAGAGACCAGCCCACGCAGCACGCAUGGCAUGGCAGGUGAGCGUGCCCGAGCUGCAGGACCAGCUCCAGUGCCCCAUCUGCCUGGAGGUCUUCAAGGAGCCCCUGAUGCUGCAGUGCGGCCACUCCUACUGUAAGGGCUGCCUGGUGUCUCUGUCCUGCCACCUGGACUCGGAGCUUCGCUGCCCCGUGUGUCGCCAGGAGGUGGAUGGCAGCAGCUCCCCGCCCAACGUCUCCCUGGCCCGGGUGAUCGAAGUCCUGCAGCUCCCAGGGGGCGCAGAGCCCAUGGUCUGUGAGCACCACCGAAACCCACUCAGCCUCUUCUGUGAGAAGGACCAAGAGCUCAUCUGUGGCCUCUGUGGCCUGCUGGGCUCCCACCAGCACCACCCCGUCACGCCGGUGUCCACCGUCUACAGCCGCAUGAAGGAGGACCUCGCAGCCCUCAUCUCUGAUGUGAAGCAGGGGCAGAAGGAGGUGGACGAACUUAUUGCCAAACUGGUGAACAACAGGACCCGGAUUGUCAACGAGUCUGAUGUCUUCAGCUGGGUGAUCCGCCGUGAGUUCCAGGAGCUGCACCAUCUGGUGGACGAGGAGAAGGCCCGCUGCCUGGAGGGGGUGGAGGGUCACACGCGCGGCCUGGUGGCUUCCCUGGAGAUGCAGCUGGAGCAGGCCCAGGGCACUCGGGAGCGGCUGGCCCAGGCCAAGUGUGCGCUCCAGCAGUUUGGCAACGAGAGUUACCACGAGUUCAUCCGGAAGUACCAUUCCACGGCCUCCAGAGCGGAGCUCCAGCAGGCGCGGCCCUUGGAAGGCGCAUUCAGCCCUAUCUCCUUCAAGCCAGGCCUGCACCAGGCCGACAUCAAGCUGACUGUGUGGAAAAGGCUGUUCCGGAAAGUUCUGCCAGCCCCGGAGUCUCUCAAGCUGGACCCUGCCACUGCCCACCCCCUCCUGGAGCUCUCCAAGGGUAACACAGUGGUACAGUGUGGGCUCCUGACACAGCGGCACGCCAGCCAGCCCGAGCGCUUUGACUACAGCACCUGCGUCCUGGCCACCCGGGGCUUCUCCUGUGGCCGCCACUACUGGGAGGUUGUUGUGGGCAGCAAGAGCGACUGGCGCCUGGGAGUCAUCAAGGGCACCACCAGCCGCAAGGGCAAGCUGAGCAAGUCCCCAGAACAUGGCCUGUGGCUGAUCGGCCUCAAGGAGGGCCGAGUGUACGAGGCCUUCGCCUGCCCCAGGGUGCUGCUGCCUGUGGCGGGCCACCCCCACCGUAUCGGGGUCUACUUGCACUAUGAGCAGGGGGAACUCAGCUUCUUUGACGCUGAUCGCCCCGAUGACCUGCGACAGAUUUACACCUUCCAGGCUGACUUCCAGGGCAAGCUCUUCCCCAUCCUGGACACGUGCUGGCACGAGAGGGGCAGCAACUCGCUGCCCAUGGUGUUGCCCCCGCCCAGCGGGCCUGGCCACCUCACCCCCCGGCAGCCUACCAAGCUGUAGGCUGAUCCGGUGCUGCACUGGGUGCUGGUACCGAGGGCUUCCCCCGGGUGAUAUCGUCACUCUUUGGGACGGUCUUCCCGCCUGUGUUUCCCCGGAGCAUUUAUGACACGGAGAAAGGCCACAGUCCCUUCCUUGCCAGCCAGCUGGGGUUAGCAGAGCCAGACCUGGGCAUUCACACGUCCUGCUGAGCAACCCUGUCCCUUCCGACCACGCUGUCUUCUAGCUGAGGGUGGAAAUGUACCUUCCUCUUUAUCACUGUGAACGUAACUCUUAAGAAUAAUAAAUCUGAC